GCCCCGCCCCUUUCUUCAGUUUGGUCCGUGGCUGUUGUUUUGAAGCAGCAAUUUGGAGAAACAAAAAAAUAAUAUAUAUAUAUACAUUUUUUUUAAACUCCAGGUGCGGCGGGCUGGAGAUUUGUUUGCGGUGUUUUAAAAAAUGACAAGUAUGAAAAGGACACGACGUGAUGACGGGUCUGAAAAACCAUCUGCUGCUUUAAACCUCUCUACAGCCAAGGAGCUGAUCUCCAGAGAGGUGAAGUCUGCCCUGGAACAGUCUGACAAAAUGAUGAAAGCCCUGAUGGACAGAAUUCAGGAGGUCGAUAACGAACCCAGAUACGACGUGAGAAUUCGGAAGCUGGAGGCACAUGUUAGGAAAGUGAAGCGAAGAGGAGACACCGUGUUCGUGAACAUACAGAAACGUGCAAGCUUGGAAGCAGCCCAGGAACAGGUACAAGAAAACGGCGUGCACGAAAUGAAUCUCCCCCCAACACUUGUGAUCAAAAAAGAGGCAAAAAUCCUAAAUGUGACCAGUUCUGCUAACGGAGGGAUUUCUGGCACGUCAGUAUCAGGAGCCAUCACCAGUGAAGGAGACACGGCGAGGAAACCUAAAGAAGACUGCUGGCAGAGUUUGCGCAUGAAGAAUCAGUUUGUGGACCUGACCGUUGACGGAGAAGUGUGCAGAAAAAAUGGGACCAAGCACAGCGAUUCUCCCCAAACCUCAUCGCAGGAAAACGUAGACAGCAGAUCAUCUCCACUGGAGGACGGUGAGAUUCAGGGCUCUGUAGUGGUGGAGAAAAAAACACCUGAGGUGCAGGAAGCAGAGGCGGCCCUGCUGUCCAGACUCCCGCCGUUCCCACACACUCCGUUCCCGAACCAACUUCCCGUCGCGGCCGCCAGCAAAUCCAUGCCUCAGAAGCCUGUUGUGAAAGUGGCGCGCAUCAAAACCCCACGAGGAAUCGCCCUGCUGUGGAACGUGGAAGAGGAAGACCCAGACGCCGCCACCAUGGACUGCUACUACAUCUACGUAACGCAGGAGCGCAGUGACGGAACUUUCACCAAAUGGAAAACCAUGGGCGUGAUCAAAGCCAUGCCUCUGCCGAUGGCCUGCAGAGUGGCGGCGGAACGAUCCGGAGACAAGACGCUGUGUUUCAUCAUCAUCGGGAAGGACGUGUACGGCCGCUACGGACCCUACAGCGACGUCCACACCGUUUGGCCCGGAGAAACGUGAACUUUAUCUGUUUUUAUGUAUUACUUUUAGUGACGCGUAAGCAAGGCGAACUGCUCAGCAUUUUUUUUUCUUGUCAAGUAAAUUCUUUGAUAUUGUUACAAUAAAAUGUAUUCUGAUGCAAUUCUGUCCUUUUUCAGUGAAACCUGGUUUAUACAAGACCACAGCAAAACAUCUGUAGUUAUAUGGAGAUGCGCUUACAGCUGGAAAAUGGGCAGGUAGAUGAGGUAUAGAAAUUGAUCAUUACACUAUAAUGUAUAUUUAACAUAGUGAGAGCAUUCGUUCAGUCGAUUGUGCACAAAAAUAUAUAUGUAUAGGUUUUCUAAAACAGUAGUGUUUAAUUAAAUCACAUACGCUGCUGUCAGUCAAAAAGUAUGUAAUUAUAUAUUUCUUUUAAUAUUAAUAAAAAUAUAUAACGAUAUAUGCGAUAUCUCAGAAAAGCAUACUGUGAUGCAAGUUAUCACUAUAGUGGUAUUAUAAUAUAUAUUAUUGUCAUAUCACUCAGCCAUAUUGUGCAUGUCACAGGAAACACAAUAUAAAUCUGUUGCAAUGCCAUCAUAAAAACAGUAGGGGCAGUAUUGUGGUUGUCAGGGUUUCACGGUUGUUCAUGGUCAGAUUUGGUCACGGUGUACGAUAGGAAUGGACCUCAGUAUUGACUUUUUCAUAAUACAGAUUGAAACACAUUCCCACACAUUUCCUGUUCUUUGGUUACCCCGAUAAAGACUCGCCAAAAAUUUUUGCAUUCCCUUCCCUCUAGACUCUUCUGCACUUUGUCUUUAUUUAAUCCUUUUUUAAACACGUUACAUCGCUGUGAUCAUCGGUGACAACAACUAAACCAAUAGAUGCUCUAAUUUUGACUAAUAAGUGCUACACACUACCUCACGAGUUAUAUUUUUUAUUGUAGCUAGUGCAUCACUUCAAUCAUUAUCAUAUUGUGUGGAAGUCUGAGGUUUACACCCUUCUCAAAAAAAUUCCAUCUCUAAAAAUGAUAUGCCUCCAAAAGCCUUCAGAUAACUUAACCUUAACCUCAACCUUAAUGAAAUAAUACUUCAUUACGAAAAAUAAGUUUAACUAAUAAAUACCUGUUUUUUUGUUUUUUUUUUUUUUAAAUUAAAUAGCGAAAAUUCAAAAUGACAGUCAUUGCAGGUCUAAAAAAUAAAUGGCACAGGUUGAGAGGACAAAAUGGUGGUUAAUCCAAAUUUCCAAGACUGGAGCAAUGCACUAAUAAAGCAACGAUUGAAAUUAAUUGCUCCAACAGUCGUAUAUUGAUUAUCAGCAAUCAUCAUUGAUUAGAAAUCAAUUACUAUCAAAAAAGGACAAAAUAAAACACGUGUAAAUAUAAAUGUGUAAAUAAUUUAAUAGGCUACUAAGUUGAUUUGUUCCUAACUCUGCUACUUAUAUAAUUGUCUUUCUGUAUAUCAUCAUAGUCUUUAACGGUACCCCAGAUUCUGAACAAACAUCAGUCCAUACUAAAGCAUAGCAGAUUCAGUCGUAUUGUCAAAUAUCAAAUCGUUGCCUUAUCAAAAUUGCAUGGUAUCAUGUUUGAUCCUGAGGUUUAUACCCUUUUCCUUUAUCCUCAUAGGUUAAAAAAAAACGCUGCAGUACUCUUGAACCAGUGUUUCUUACUUCCUUUUCAGUAAUCAGAAACAUUUAAAAUGUGGUUCAUAGCAAGUAAACCGGGGGAUCGAAUAUACAGCUGGAUGAAGGUUACAGUGACUUUAGAAUCCGUGUUGUGUAUUAAAGCCGUGUGGACUGUAAUUGAACUGAAAGAAUAAAAAAAAAGAAAGCGGAAGUCUGUUAUUCCUCUAGGGGCAAAAUGGAGCUAUAAAUUCAGGGCAGUCAAUUUAGCUACUCAAGGAGUGUGAUAAUGAUGGAAUUUUUUUAUUAGCAAACUAAAUAUUUGAUGCUGUUGCCAUCUCUCUUUCCAAUCAAAUCAUUUUAGGGGUUUCUCAGCAAGAGGGUGAAUCCUUA